AUUUUGUUUUAGUAGUAGUUGAAACGUAGAUUCGAAAGGACGUGUCCGGGUUUGCACGACGGACAGACGGGUCUCGCACUGUUGUCGUCGUCGUGGUCGUGGUCGCCGUCGUCUUCGGUGUGCAGAACACCGUUUACUCUCUUCUUGUGUUUGUGUGUGUGUGUGUGUGGUGCACUGGAAAAGACACCAUAUUGUGCAGAUCCAUCCGCUCCGCUCCCGGUUAUAAGGGUAGCAGCAGGGUAGUGGCAUAUAAGUGGCUCGCCGGGUUGUGGCACGAUUUGCCUUUCCGGCGAACGCGAGGUACGGAACUAACCUGCGCCGCCCCCUUUCCUUUUGUGACGCAGACGCCUUUGCUUUCCACGUUUGCCAAGAAUCUUUCGACGCUGUGCACGUUGGCGAAAGCCUGGGUCGUUGGAACGGAACCAACCGGCACCGCCGGUUGUUCCAUGAACCGAAUGUCCGGCCGGCGGAUGAUUCCCGGGUGCCACCAGAACUCACGCGUGUAUGGUGUGUUAAGCGAAGUGUUUAAAGCGAAAGAGGAAAAAAAAUGCACAAAUUCUCUCAUAUCUCUAUGUGUUAUUGUAUAUGUGUGUGUAUGUGGUUUAUGUAUUAGUCGAAAGGAGUAUGUAUGAGCAUUGUAGUUUUAUUUCGAUUUUGUUUUCUUUCUUUUCUAUCGGAAAAUUAUUCAGCGUUUCUGUAAACAGGGUGGUUUAGCUAGUUAGCAACGAAUGGUGUGUGUGUGUGUGAGAGAGAGUGUUGUGCUAGUGUGGUUGUGUAUAUUUAUAUGAAGUUCAUAGAAUUUGUGAAUCCUGUUCGAUACACGAAUACAGUGAGUUGUUUCAGCGAGCGGCGCAAUCGGAGCCGUUGAGCGCGCUGAGUGAGUGAGUUGCGCGAGCGGCAAGCGAUGAGCGUUCGAUGCCGGUGAAAAAUCCCUCAAGCCUAGUGAGAUUGUAGUGCAAAGCGUACCAGAAAAGAGCGCCUGAGUUAGUGUGUGCGCGUGUGUGUGUGCUGCAAGAGUGGCUGCCAACGGAUGGCAAGUGUGAUGGUGAUGGCCAUCGCGAAAGCAUCUCUAGCCGCGGCAAGAUGAAGCAUUCGGCCGUGAUCGUUUCGCACAUUCGACCGGUGGCGCCGUAAUGGUCGCUAGUGAAGUGUGAAAUAGUGCUAAAAUUGUGGUGUAUUAGUAAUACGUGGCACCCGUAGCGAUUAGUAGUAGUAGUAGCAGCAGCAGCAGCAGCAGCAGCAACAGCAGUUUGGCACUACCUACCUCUUCCAUUGCCGCGUGUCCCCAAACCACUACCUACCAACGUGUCCGCAAACCGAUCCCGUCAGCCGGUGCAUUCUUUCCUCCCAACUUCAACCUCCUCUCCUCUCACCUCACUCUUCCCCCUCUCCCAUCCCCUUCGUAACAUACAGCCGUGCAUAGGUCAUGGUUAUCCGAUGUGCAUUCAAUUAAAAUUUAAAUGAGCAUUUGGUGAUGUCAUUACGUUCGGAUGAUAAUGAACAGGAUUAUAUUCGGGGUGUUUCUCAUCCUCACCUGCCGGCCCCCGUCCGCACCAAGGGCCCCGCUAGCGGACCACCAGCAACAGCGGCCAGCGUCCGGCUACGGCACAGCAGCACCGGGAGGAGCGGGUGGCGGCAUCGUCGCCGUCCAGGCGACUCCACUUGGACAAGUACCAACCUUGGCAUCUGGAGGAGCCGAUUCGACGAUCAACCCGUUCAUUCGGUACUGGGAACCAGCCCGUUUCGACCGCGGUCUGCUAGAUGUGGCCCACCAGCACCACGAGCAGCACCGAAGGCGCCGCCGGAGCAUCAACUACGAGCAUGGUUCCGCCGCGUACGGUCCAGCCAAUGUGGUGCGGUUAAACUUUCGGGCUCAUGAUCGCGAGUUCCGGUUGGUGCUGCGGGAGGACCCGCGGUCGGUGUUUUCCCAGGACGUCCAGAUCGAGAACACCGAGGGCCCGCUGGACUACGAUCUGUCGCGGAUCUACACCGGCACGGUGGAAGACGAUGAACACUCGCACGUCCACGGUGUGCUGACCAGCGACAACCUGUUCGACGGUACGGUUGUCACGAACCUAGAGCAAUACUACAUCGAACCGGCCGCCCGGUACUCGCCGGAGCUCGAGCGGCGGCACGGUGUCCAUACUGUGAUCUACAAACUCAGUGACGUGAAAAUUCACCAGAACCACCACGGUCACCAUCGGCCGGACCGCGGGCCGGAGCGGGCGCGCAAUGGCAGCAGUGAUGCCGGUGAACGUGUGUUAAAUUUAGCAACCAUCCAGUCUAGCCCUAGUACUCAAUUCAAUCACGUGCGUGAAGCUGACGGACAAAGCGAACAACGGGCGGCGGAAGUGGACAGCGGAAGGCCCGAAACAACGAAGCAACGUCGCCCGGGAAGCGCUGCGCUGCGGAAAAUGCGCCGAAAGCGGCGCUGGCUGGAGGAGGAAGAAGUGAUACAGGAGAGCAGAAACCCAUCGCUGCCAUUAGAUCUAGAGGUGCCGUACAACAAUGACUACACGGUAGUGCGCAGCCACGGCAAGACAGCGAACGGUGGGGGCAGCGGAAGCACGAUGGAUACCGGCGGUGCGGCCGUAUCUGGAGCGUCCGGGUCCGGUCCUUCUCCAACCCGUCCCACCAUCAACCGGACGGUCAAUCGGGGCAUUAUCGGUGGAACGGGCGUCGGGAGUGGGGCACCGACCGCCCGGACGCCCACGACCGCAGUGAACAAUCGGAAGAAUCACUUCCUGUACAACAUUUACAAUCCGCACGGCAGCGGCAGCACGAUCAUUACCGGCGGUGGCAUCGUCGGGGCCGGUGCGGAACAGUUCCCGUGGACGCGCACGAUCAACGCGACCGGUACGAACCACAACAAGGAUCACUACGUGGAAAUCAUUACCAAGAAUGGGUCGACGCGCAAGAACGUGCCGGUCGCGGAUCAUCCCGAUGUGAUGGUGAACGGCAACAUUAACCUGAACGUGCGGAACGAUCUGCACGACCACCAUCACCAUCAUCAGCAGCAGUUGCUUCAGCAGCAGCAGCAGCAGCAGCAGAAGGAGCAAAAAUCGUUUGCCAACUCGCUGUACGAUCGGAAGAGCACGUGUAUGUUGUAUCUGCAGGCGGACCAUACCUUCUUCCAGAAGAUGGGCUCGGACGAGGCGAGCAUCGAGGCGAUCACGCGGCACGUGCAGCGGGCGAAUCUCAUCUACAGAAAAACAGAUUUCAACGGCGACGGAAAGCCGGAUAACAUCACCUUCAUGAUCAAGCGCAUCAAGGUCCACAACCAAAAUGCGCUGAAGGAUCCAUCGUACCGGUUUCCCGGAAACUAUGGUGUGGAAAAGUUCCUAGAGCUGUUUUCGGAGGAAGACUACGACGCGUUCUGCUUGGCGUACAUGUUCACCUACCGCGACUUCGAGAUGGGCACACUCGGGCUGGCCUGGACCGGUGACCUCAAGAACGCUGGCGGCGUCUGCGAGAAGAAUGGGCACUAUCGCGGUUCGCUGAAAUCGCUCAACACCGGCAUCGUCACGCUGCUAAACUAUGGCAAACACGUUCCGCCGGCCGUAUCGCACGUAACGCUGGCCCACGAAAUCGGACACAACUUUGGCUCACCGCACGAUCCGGAGCAGUGUACGCCGGGCGGUGAGGACGGCAACUUCAUCAUGUUUGCGCGCGCGACGUCCGGCGACAAGCGCAACAACAAUCGCUUCAGCCCGUGCUCGCUGAAAGCCAUCGAACCGGUGCUGAACGCGAAGGCCCGCAGCGCCAAGGGUUGCUUUACCGAGCCGCAGGAAGCGAUCUGCGGCAACGGGGUGGUGGAACCGGGCGAACAGUGCGACUGCGGCUGGGAGGAGGACUGCAAGGACUCGUGCUGCUAUCCGAUGUCGCGCCAUCCGCGCUUCGACCAGAAACCGUGCACGCUGACACCGAAGGCACAAUGCAGCCCAUCGCAGGGACCGUGCUGUACGCUCGAGUGUACGCUCAAGCUCGGCGACAAGUGCCGGGACGACAAUGGGUGCCGCGAUCCGGCCUACUGCGACGGGCAGAUGCCGGUCUGCCCGCCGUCCAUCAACAAGCCGAACAAGACGAUCUGCAACAAGGAGUACGUGUGCUACAUGGGCGAGUGUACCGGCUCGAUCUGUCUGGCGUACGGGCUGGAGAGCUGCCAGUGCGCGGUCGGCCCGACCGAUCCGGCCAUCAAGGCGUGCGAGCUGUGCUGCAAGCAGCCGGGCGAGGACCGGCCCUGCCUGAGCUCGUUCGACUGGAACGAGCCGCCGUUCGACGUGCCGGACAUGUACGCCAAGCCGGGCACACCGUGCAACGACUACAACGGGUACUGCGACGUCGCGCAGAAGUGCCGCGAGGUGGACCCGUCCGGGCCGCUCGCGACGCUGCGGAAGCUGCUGCUGUCCGAGGAAAGCAUCGCCAGCUUUAAGCGGUGGAUACUGAGCAACUGGUACACGGUGGCGCUGAUCGUGACCGCCGUGCUGGUCCUGCUGGUGCUGAGCGCGAAGCUGCUGGGCAAGCGUACCAAUCUAAAGCUGAAGACGGUCACCAUCAUCCACAGUGCCACGACGGAAACGGUCCGGCUGCCGGAGGACAACAACGGCGUGAUAGUGCACACCGCCGUCCGGACGAAGGUGCCGCUGAAAAAGAAGGUGCGGGGCGAGCGGUCGAAACCGGGCGGCAAGGGCGGCAAGGGCGGCCCCCCGCAGACGAAACCCGUGGCGGCCUCGGUGCCGAAGCAGCUGCUAACGACGCUGACGGGCGGGAACAGCGCCGCCACCACCACCACCGCCGUGCUACCGUCCACGUCGAAGGAGCUGCAGCAGCGCCAGCAAGCGUCCGGGACGGGCGGCCCAACCAGUGGCGGCACCAGCCACCACACCGCCCUCACCACCAAUCCAGCCACCAUAGUUAUUAAGCAGGUGAAGCGGCACGUCGGCCGCACCACCACCACCACCACCACGAUCGUUGGCGACAGCCCGAAUAAGCUGCUGCGCAAGAAGAAAAAGCGCAGCGGAGGAGCUGCUGCCGGUGCCCCAUCGGACGAGUCGCCGGUAAAGGAAUCGCCCACGGCGGCGGCGAUCAAGCAGCCGAAGAAACACAAGAAACCGAAAUCCAAACACAAAGAGGUGAUCGACUACUCCAGCCGGAACGCGUCCGACGCGCACAGCCACAGCAACACGUUCGGGAAGGUGCACCGCUGGCUGCUGGAGUCGCCGUCGGCGGCGGCGGCGGCGGCCACCGCUCCCGGUGGUUCGUACGAGCAUGCUGCUGCUCCGCCGGCCGCCGUGCCAAACCUGCUCGCCAAAUCGCAGUCGACGCCGGACCAUCUGGCGCAGCAGCAGCCCGUGCCGGUGGUGGCGCCGAAGAAGGUGGCGCGCGUCAAGACGAAAUCGGUGGGCAAUCUGAACGAGAAGGUGCGGCUGCAGGUUGUCUACAAGCCGCCGUUCAAGUUUAGCCUGAAGCUGUCCAAGACGGACCCGGCGGCAGGGUCGGGCGUGAAGACGCACGUCGUCGCCGGCCCGGGCGGGCAGCGCAAAACGCGUCCCCUGGCCGACCGGAAGCGCGUUGGACCGGGCGGUGCGGGCGAGGAAGCACAGCAACACGCCGCGGCCCGGAAACGUUCGGCCAUACUUGUGCGGCAGCAGCAGCAGGUGGAGGAAAAGCUCCCCAUCAUCAGCAGUGCGCCGCUGUCCGAGCCGAACUAUGAAACGCUCAAUCCACGGCACGGGCCACCGGGCGGGGAGCCGGUGGACGGUGACGGAGAGUCGCACACGUACGAGAAUGUAACGUUCGACGGGGACGGAGAAGGGGAUGGGCAGCCGGCAGUGGACGACCCCGCCCCGCCCGCGCCCCCCAAUCCAGUGCCAUCGAUCAACACGGCCACGUUCCGGAUCAGCCGGAGUGCGAGCGGGACGACGCGGCUGCCGAGCCAGCACGCGCUAGCGAAGAGUGCGACCCAGCCGGAUCGGCUGGCCGGUUCGGUGCGGGGCAGCACGUCCAACCUGGUGGUGGCGGGUGGCGCCCGGGACCGGCAGCGACGGUCGAGCGUGCACAACAGCACCACAGCGUUCCGGGCGUUCGGUGGCGGCGGCGGCGGCACGGACAGUACGGAGUGUUUGAUCCGGUCCAGCACGACCAACCUGGCCAAACCGAACAGCGGGAAGCGUAGCAGCUUCGCCGACCGGAAGCGCUCCAGCACGACCAACCUCAGCCGCCACCAGUCCGGCUCCGCUUCGAAUCUGCACUCGCUCAAGCGGCACGGCUCGUCCAGCCAAACGCUGCACCAGGAACCGGGCGGCAGCCGCCGGAACAGUAUCACCCAGCCGGCGAAGCUGUCCCGCUCGGCCUCGAACGGUGUGCCGACGGCGGGAAGGCACGGCAACGGUGGUGGUACGCUCGGCAGCAACAACUCCGGCUCGAGCAAUGGUAGCAAUGGCCAUCAUCCGCACCACCACCAUCGACGCAGCAGCGUUGGCGGGGCGAAACCUUCGUCGAGCCAUGCGCCAGCGCAUCACCAUCAGCAGCAGCCGGCACUGGCUCCCCUGGCACGGCAAACGUCACUGCACGGGAAAGCGAACGGCCAUCAUCCUCACCACCAUCAGCAUCAGCAUCACCAUCACCACCAUCAUACGGGUCGCCCACACACGUCGUCCUGUGCGGAUGAUCCGAAAGCUCAGCGACCGUUCGAGUGGCCGAUGGGGGUUGGGGGCAGUGGUGGUGUUGGACGCCGUCCACCGCACGACGAACCGCUCCCGUCCGAUAUGGAGGUGAUGGUUUCGGACGUGGAGAAUCUGGUCUGCGAUGAUAGAUAGCGACAAACCAGUUUGCCAAGCGAUUAGUAGAAGGUUGAAGAGGGAAGGGGGGGAGCAAUGAUGGUGACGACAUGUCGAGUACACACACACAAACACAAGUGAUAAGUGAGUAACAAUGGAACGACAACAGCCCAGAGGAUGGAAGACAACAGAAAGAGAUGUACAGUGAGUCCAACAAGUAUGCGUCUAGCUCAAUAUUUAGCAGGAAAAGGCGAAUUAUGGCCGCAAUAGGCAUAGGUCGGUUAUUAAAAACAUAGGUUAUUGAAACAAAAACUUGCUCAAUUUGGUUUCUGAAUACUACUAGUGACUAUAGUCUUGUAGACUAUUAGUGAUUACAAGAUCAUCACGUUAACUCAUUUGAGCCGCAAUAAGGGCCUAUUUUUGACCCACUUUUCCUACACGACUUAUUCCAAUGACUGUCUGGUAGUAAUAAUAUUCAUUUUCAGGCCACUUUGCCAAGUUUAAUUGAAAAAAAUAGGCAACUGAUAUCAUAUUUAGAGCCUACUUUAGCCGUUUUCAUCUGUUUGGUUUCGGCUGGUUUGGUGUUUUGGGCAAAUGACAAUGCUCUGUAUGUUCUCCCGCUCGACUGACCAUGUGUGCGGUUGAAACAUGUGGAACUUUUAAAGUAAAAAUUCUCAGAACUGGGACUCAAAAUACUUAAAAAACUACAAGACGAUUUUUCCAAAUCUCUUUUCCCAUAAAUUUGAAUCUUUUUUCUAGCUCACCUUUCCUCACUGAGCCCUAAUAUCCUGGCACCACGGUGCUACCGUGGCACGAGAUUUUGCUGCCGCAUCUUAGUAGACUGUUUUCGCCCACUGGUUUCGGCCAAACGUGGCCCAUCUCUGCUCCUUGGCUAUCUUAUUGGUCAUCGCAAAAUGCACUUAUUCGUGGUUUAUGUUUGAUUAUUUGGACAUGGAACCGCUCCUUUCGUGUAGAUUAACGGUCAAGGAUAGCUACUUGGUUGACAGUUUGACACACAUUUCGUGUCAUAAAGGUCAUUAGGUCUCCCACAUGGCUUACAACCUACUCGAAGUUGGAAUUGAAACAACAAAAAUGUAUUAAUUUUUAAACGAGCAAGUAGCAUAAUGAUAAUAAUACAUUUCAUUCGUGUCGACGUAGUGUUUGACCAGCAUAGAUGAGCCAAAAGCUGGAUAGACGAAUAUUUUUUGCACAACCUGCCAAACGACCCUUUUUGUUAGUUGCCUCGUGUUUUAGUUGUAUUGUGUAUAUUGAUGGUCCCUUUAUCAAACCACACCAUUACUUUUAUCGACCCAUGCCUAUUGCGGCCUUAAUUCGCCUUUUUGCUGUAAACUAUUAAGCAAAGAUGAAUACUUUUGGGACUCACUGUAUGCAAUUGGAGAGAAACAUAGAGAGAAAAGAAAGGAACAAAAACAAAAUGGCUCCGAUUUAGAUGAAGAGUGACAAACGAUAAACGCCAACGUCAAUCAACACCACCAGUGUGCACACUGGAAUGCAGCAGAUCAGCGGACAGACACAACACAACACACGUGCCUGCUUGGAUGGCGAAGACGAGAAGAGCGAAGCUGUAGGCGAUGGUAGUAGUGUGUAGUGUGUGCGCAAGAUGGCACUAUUUUUGAAGCGCCUCCCCUCGAAAGCUCUAUAGCGCUAGGAAUUUCCCGUGUCCCGUUUGUUUUCCACAUCGCACUAAGGGUUAGUUUUUAAGCAGAAAGCAAAGGGAAGAUAUAUUUAUUAGAAUACGCUCAGAAAGGUACGUUCAUUUCAUCCCGCUCAUCCCGUUCUAUAUGGCCACGUGGCGUCAUCGCAAUGGAAGCGCCUGGUACUUUGUACGAAUUGGAUUACGAAAUUGUGUUUAACCAUCCCUCAACAGCAACCGUUUGGUCAGUCAGACGAAGUGAGGUAGGGUUGUGUGUGUGUCUCUCUUUGUUUUCCACAUCCCAUCACAAUGACGAUUGCGCGUGUGUGUGUGUGUGUGUUGUUAUCACUAUAAUUUGGGUUAAAGUUUUAUUUCCUGUAAAUGCCGUGCCAAUUAGAAAAUGAAAGAUUCCAUCAUAAAACAAACACACACAGAAGAACAGGCUGCUCGAUACAAAGCUACUGCCAGAUUGCAAGAUUCCUUCCAGCUUUUCCGGGUUGUUGGUGGGGGUGAGGGGGGGGCAUUAUUCCUUCAGUUUGUGUGCCUCCCCGGGGAAAAAUAGAUAAUUUUAAGGCACACAAACAACACUAGAGAACACACAAACACAACCGCAAGAGAGAGAAAAAAACAAGCUUUUUCGUAUUUUAACAUGCAAACGGAACAGAUGAUCCCAUUUCCCGGGGUUUUGUCUCUCGCAUUAUCUUCUUCCCCUCCCCCUUUUCCCUCCCUCCCCCUUGACCAAGCUAACUGACCUAUACAAAACACGAAUCAUAUCAUUAGAACAAUUUUUCCAAAUAGUAAUGUUUUGUAACACAGUAAAGAAGGACGGUAAAGCAGGAGAAAGUAAGGACAGAGAGAGAGAGAGAGAGCGUGCUGAAUAUUUUUUGGAAAACUAUUUUUAUCAUCGUUCGGUUUUAUCGGCUCACCCGGGUUGGCAUUGCUGCAGAUGUGGGAGAGAGACAAGAACGAGAGGGGGAGUGUAAGCGGGGCUUUUUACUAAGCGACAGGAAGCAUCACUGCACUGGAAGAAGGUAGAAAUGAGAUUGAGAUGGAAAAUCAAACAAAAUCAAAUCACCCGGUGUUGUAUCAUACUUUCGAAACGGUUUAGUUUAGGACAGGACGACCUCAGUGUGCCCGCAAUGAGGAGCCACUGAUACACUGAUUAGCCUGAGUGCGACGCCAUAUUGCAAUUACAGGACUACAGAGGGCGGGUACUACCACCCUCCCCCAAAAUGCUGCCGAUAUUAACUGCUAACACAGAAACAAAACACACGGACGGAGAGAGAGAGCUGAUUUGUAAAUAAAGUAGAAAAAAGAAAGAAACAAAAACAAUGGCAGAAGAAGGCUGCCUUCCUCUCCAACUCUCCACAACGGGAGCAGGGUGGGUUGAUGGGAGGGUGGUGUUUGAGACCGGUGUUUAGAUAUGUGUAUAUUUAAGACGAUCGCUUUCUGUGUAAACAAUUAACUGUGCGAACGGAACGAAACAAUGGGGCACGAUGAGGAGGAAGAGGCGGGUGCGGCGUGGAUUUAGCCCUCUCUUUCUCCUGUGUCCUGUUUUAGGCUCUUAUCUGCAUUACACAUACACACACACACAGCAUAAAUAAGCGGCAAUAAUACACAUUAUUAGCACGGUAAGCGAGAACGAUAAUCGGAUAAAUUGAAAAAGCAGGUCGAGAAGCAGGAGGAGGAAGCAGGGAGGGGUGGAUGAAGAAGCAAAGAGCAAAGUGGACAACUAAUAAGAAACUAAACAUAUAAGAUAAAUGUGAUUCUAAUCUUAUAGAAAAACUCAUAGGCUUAAGGAACAGCAAACAGAUAGAGAGGAGAGGAGCGGAAACACUAACACAGCCCAUACACACAAACACUUGCAGGAUGGAAUGCAAGAGAGAAUGUAACAGAAGAAAUACAUUGAGCAGAGAGAGGAAAAUUAAAAUGAUUAAAAACAAUGAAAACACGAUACACAAAACCAAUUUCUAUUA